AUGUGGAGGAGUUGCAGCACGGGCCGAAGGACGGAGCAGCGAGCAGCUGCAAACUUCUUCCACGUGGAGAACAUGCCCGUCCCACAGAUUUGUGCCAUGCUGAAGACGGACGCCGAACGCGGCCUUACCGAGGAGAUGGCCUGCGCUCGACUCGCGAAGGACGGCCCGAAUCAGCUGCAGCAGCUGCCGAGGAUGUCCGGCGAGAUAAUGGAGAUGCAGAGUUUGCAGGCCCGCUUGCAGAAGGAGAUCGAAGCUAAUCUCAGGGUGGAGCUGCAACGCUUUGUCGUGGAAGAGCUCCAGGUGCGACGGCUCAACGAGCUUGAGGCCCUCCAAAAGGAGGACAGCAGGCACAGCGCAGAUAUCGAUGCGCUCCGAGAUUAG